CAGAACGGCAUCCAACCAGACAAGCUUGACUCCAGAGUCGGAAUAUACAUAGUUUUCCAACGAAACUAAUGUUUAUAUAAAUAUCGACCAAACCUAAACCUCAUGGCUCCCACACCAAUUCCCAUACCCCUCUUCGCCCAAACCCAGCAACAGCUUCUUCUCCAAGAACACGAAGCCGAAGUCUCCUCCUCCACGCUCGCCAGCACCGCCGCAUCGGUCUCACCUUCUACCAGACGAACCCUCCAAGCAACAGGCUAUGCGCUGACGGGGAUCGUCCUCUCGCAAUGCCGGACGGGCCUCGGGGGCCGCGUCGUGGGCGAAUUCGGCGCAGAUGCGGCUGUUUCUACGAAGAAUACAGAUAGCGAUGGGAAGGAUGGAGAACCUCGUUUAGGUGCGCAUGGGAUUCGCGUGGGUGACGUGGUCCGGGUGAAUGAGAUUGGGAGCUCCACGAAGAAAGUGGGAAAGGACAAAGUGAGCAAAGAUGGAAAGCCAGCGGGUACAGGACCACCCAAGGGCCCUGAGGGAGUUGUUACACGGGUCGGGGAGCGGAGUGUCUGGGUUGCGUUCGGUCAACAGGGCGGCGGGGGACGAUCCAAGGAAGACGACGAGGCGAUCGAGGAGCUCUGGGGGAAGAAGCUAUGGUUGAUAAAGCUCGCGAACGAUGUGACGUAUCGACGGAUGAAGCAGACGAUGGAGAAAAUGGGGAAGAUGACCGAGCCCGAUCAUACACAUUUUAUGCGGGUUGCGUUUGGACAUACGACGCCUCUGCCGCCGGAUUAUGAGGCUGUGGGCGAUGUUGAAUUCAACGACCCGACGUUGAAUGACUCGCAGAAGGAAGCUAUUCGGUUUGCUUUGGCUUCGCGGGAUAUUGCGCUUAUUCAUGGGCCGCCAGGUACCGGUAAGACUCAUACCUUGAUUGAGCUUAUCUUGCAGAUGGUGCAGCGGAAAUUAAAGGUGCUUGUUUGCGGGCCUUCGAAUAUCUCGGUGGAUAAUAUUGUUGAGAGACUUGCGCCGAAAAAAGUGUCUGUUGUGCGUAUUGGUCAUCCGGCGCGUUUGUUGCCGUCUGUCCUUGAGCAUUCGUUGGAGGUUCUGACGCAGACGUCGGAUGCCGCUUCAAUUGUGAGGGAUGUUAGGAAGGAGAUUGAUCAGAAGGUAGCUAGUAUUCGGAAGACUAGGUUUGGAAGGGAGAAGCGGGCGAUUUACCAGGAUUUGAAAGAGUUGCGUCGGGAGUUCAGGGAUCGAGAGUCUAAAUGCGUCGAUAAUCUGGUUAGAGAGAGCAGCGUGGUUCUUGCGACUCUGCAUGGGGCAGGUGGGCAUCAAUUGAAGAACCAGAAGUUCGACGUUGUGAUUAUCGACGAGGCUAGUCAAGCCUUGGAGGCGCAAUGCUGGAUUUCACUGCUCUCUGCACCUAAAGUUGUUCUGGCGGGUGAUCAUUUACAAUUGCCUCCAACUGUGAAGUCCACCGUUCAGAAGACUAAAGAUACAAAGGCAGGGCAGGCGGACACCGUCAACGAUGGUGACAAGGAAGUUCUUGGGAAAAUGUCUCUCGAGACGACCAUGUUCGAUCGACUGCUUUCACUCCAUGGUGAAGGCAUCAAAAGAAUGCUAACUACUCAGUAUCGAAUGCACGAGACAAUCAUGCGGUUUCCGUCAGACGAGCUGUACGAGUCUAAACUGAUGGCUGGCGAAGCGGUAAAAGCACGUCUUCUGAAGGACCUACCAUACGAGGUAGAGGAGACCGACGAUACAAAAGAGCCGUUGGUAUUCUGGGACACUCAAGGAGGCGAUUUCCCUGAAAAGACUGAUGAUAAGGAAGUAGGGCAAAAGGAGGCCCUUCUUGGUGAGAGUAAGAGCAACGAAAUGGAGGCAAUGGUUGUUGCGAAGCACGUAGACAACCUGGUGCAGUCGGGGCUGAAACCGGAGGAUAUCGCUGUCAUCACCCCUUAUAACGGUCAGCUAGCUAUCUUGUCCCAGAUGCUGCGGGAGAAGUAUCCGGGUAUCGAGUUAGGCAGUGUGGAUGGAUUCCAGGGUCGCGAGAAAGAGGCUGUUGUUGUCAGCCUGGUGCGAAGUAACAGUGAGAAUGAGGUUGGUUUCUUGGGAGAGAAGCGACGUCUGAACGUUGCUAUGACACGCCCCAAACGGCAUCUUUGCGUCUGUGGUGAUUCAGAGACCAUCAGCAAAGGAAGCGGGUUCCUCAAGCGGUGGAUGGCAUUCUUGGAAGAGAACGCCGACUUGCGCUACCCAGAUGCUGGGGAAUUGCUCUGAAGGAACAAUCGUCUCCAUACCUCAGCUUCAUCUUUACUCCAGGCGACGCACGAUAUUCCUCAACCGUGAAGGGGGAGUGCCAGUAGGGUCACCCAACAUAGUCCGACACGAUCUACACAAACCCCUGGAGCAUGUUCCCACUCAAUCGGGUCUACGCCACAACCUUAGAGAAGCGGAAAUUGCGAGCAGCAUCACCGCCAUUGUGGCGCCCCCACCCUACGUUACAUCAACCCCUUUGUCG